UCAGAUGUUUCUAACCAAAACAACGUGAGUUACAAUGUCACGAAUUAGUUUGGCCGAAAUCGCUGUAGGCUCAGUUGGAUGUCUCGCAGCGACCUUUUUCGGAUUCCAGAUUUAUAAACAAAGAGUUGAUCAAGAAAACAUCCAAACUGAACCCUAUGUGAGACAAGCCCUUGGAAUACUGCAGGGUUAUGAUGUUGUCAUGGAAAGGUUGGGAAGUCCUUUAAAAAUGCAACAUAUAUCCAAAAAUCCUGAUGAUAACAAGGUCGAUCCAUUGGCAGGAAAUGCUAAGUUGAAGAUUCCGGUAACAGGUUCUAAGGGACCCUCUGCUUAUUUGUACCUCUGGGCAACAAGACCUCCCGUUACCAUGGAGUAA